AAAGCAAUUAAAAAAAGGAGCAGUGACUGCAGUAACGACAGUUCGCCACAAGAUGGCGAAUGUUUUCCUGUUUUUGAGUUAAAUCUUUUUUUUUAUUUGACGUCACUCAGCAGUUUUCUGUGACGUGUUUUCGGAUUCCGUUUGAUCGAUCGGGUCAUUGAUGAUCAGUUCUCUGCUUUCCUUCAUCAGUGUCGUUGUUUUUGUGUGUGAAUGAUUUUCGUGUUUCAUCAGAGGAGGAAACGGAUGAAUAAAUGAUGACUGCGGGAUGAAUUAGAGAUGAAGAGAUGAAGAGACGCUCCUCUAUGAGGUCCUCACGUCGUUCAGUCAGACCGCACGAGGACACGCGCGAGACGACAGACUGAUCUUGAACCUGAUUGGCUGUCGCUGUCUCCCUGCAGACAUCAUGCACGAGCCGCCGCUGACGAACUCUCUGACGAACAACGCGAGCUCCACCUCCUGCGAGCCUCCGUACGACGAAGGCCGCCUGCCGCUGGUGCUGCUGUACAGCGUGGUGCUGGCUGUCGGGCUGCCCGCCAACCUGCUGACCACCUACCUCACCUGGCUGCAGGUGCGCAGGAAGAACGUGCUGGGUGUUUACCUGUGGAGCCUGUCGCUAUGUGACCUCACCUACCUGGGCACUCUGCCGCUGUGGGCCUACUACGUCAGCAGAGGUCACUGGUGGCCGUGGAGCUCGGCCGCCUGCAAGCUGACGGGUUACAUCUUCUUCAACAACAUGUACAUCAGCAUCUUCCUGCUGUGCUGCAUCUCCUGCGACCGUUACGUCGCCGUCGUCUACAGCGUGGAGUCCCGCGGCCUCCGCCGACAGCGGGUUGCCUUCCUCGUCGCCGUCGCCAUUGUGCUUCUGGUGGCUGUUGGUCACGUGCCCGUCUUCACCAUGAGGGAGGGCGACGCCGCCGAGGGCGACCGUCGCUGCUUCGAGCCAAGUCAGACCAGCGUCACGGUGACGGGUUUCAACUACGCCCGCUUCGUGGUGGGCUUCCUGGUCCCGCUGCUGGUGCUGGUGGUGGCCAACCGCGGCAUCCUGGCCAACGUGCAGUCUAGCACAGGGCUGCGGCGGGAGCAGAAGGAGCGCGUCCGCUGGCUGGCCGUGGCGGUGGUGGUGUUGUUCCUGGUUUGCUUCGCUCCGUACCACAUCAUCCUGCUGGUCAGGGCCGUCAUCUUCCACUUCCCGCAGCUGGAGGACGGCACCUGUCUGUUCGAGAGGACCAUGUACACGCCGUACACCAUCUCACUCGGCCUGUCCACCGUCAACAGCGCCGUCAACCCCAUCCUCUACGUCCUGUCCAGUGACAACAUCCGCAAAGAGCUGAGCCGAGGAAUCGCGCAGUUCUGCAACCGUGCACACCUGAGACCGCGAUCCGACAGCAGCCAGAACAAGAUCCAGCCCACCAAGAACUCCUCAGAGCUGAACGCCGAGACAGAGAGACACCAGGAAGGAAGACCAGCAGAGACCUGACGGACUGGUCUCUGCUGGUCUCCUCUAACAGACUCAAAGUCUUCCUGGUGCUUACAGUGUGAACAGCAGUGGGUCUACAGGUGCACUUUGUCCUGUGGGUGGCGCCGUCAACCUCAUUGAAUCUGAGCUUUCGGAGAUCGGGAGCUUAACUGAUGAUCUGGACUGAAGCUGUCUGUGCUGGAGACGUGAACGUCUUCAGCCUCUCACGGACAAAACUAAUCAAUACAUUUUAUAAGUAAAGUUUCUACACAGAUUCAAAACGUGAAUGUGACUGUUCACUGAUUUUAUGAGACGUCAAAGUGCGGUGCAGCGCAGGUGUAGCAUAACAGAACUGUUUUCCACUGCAGUCACUUCCUGCCUGACCUGAUUUCUUUUGUGCUAAUAAGGUUUUCCAUUUUAUGCAGUCUGUGGUGCUGCUGAGCUGUUUCCUGUCACAUGAUCAGACUCGGCUGUGUGUUGCCAUGACAACAGAGCGACAUGAGAUAGAGUCAUCUGUCUGCCUGUCUGUCAGUAAUAAUAAACAAUUAAGCACCGACACCUGUGGUUGUCAUAGUAACAAUAGGUGUCACAACGAAAACACAUUUUUCAUUUGAAACUAGUUGAUUAAUCGAUUUGUUAACUAAGAAAAAAGUAACUUAAGAAAUGACUUUGCUGAUCAGCUGAUCGAAGUUGCUGUUCUGUCACAGUAAACUCGAGAGACCGAACGGGUUCAGUGCCGACACCCUCAUACGUUCUUAUGGUUCUGUCUUUUUAGUGCAGGACAGGUGAUUUCAGGUGUGACGAGUCACGUGACUGAGCAGUUUGUGUUGCUCACACACACACACACACACACACACACACGUUGGGUUCUCUGUAUUACAAUCUAAUUAAGGCGUUUGGACUCGACCUGCUCUAACCGGAACGUGUCAUGACAUAACUUUGGUUGUGAAUUGGCGCUACAUAAAUAAACUGAAACUGAAUUAGAUGCAGAAGCUCAGGGGCCUUUAAUCUUUGAUCUGAAUGUGUGGACUCAACAACAAGACGUCCACACUGAAGCUGGUGAAGUGUAGGAAGAUUUUUGUGCUCCAUCAUCUUUAAGGUCUUUAAGGUCUCCCUCUUAAGUCCAUCCAUAAACUGCAACUGGUCCAGAACCCCCUCCAUUAAUCACAUCCCGUCCUCCAGAAGCUCCACUCGCUCCUGGUCAAAUGCCAAACUGACUUCAAAACUGUGCUUCUCACCUUUAAGGCCAUCCAUAACCUGACUGAACACGUUAACUCACCUUCUUCUUCUUCUGCUUCCGUUUGCCUCACUGUUCCAUCCGCCCACCUGACCGCCGUGGGCUUCAGAGCCUCCAGCUGCUCUGCCUGAAACUGAUCACACGUCUUGAAACUCAUGUCUAUAAACUGAUGGCAGAUCUGUUAACUUCCCAGCUGCUUCAGUUUCUCCAGUUUUAAAGAUUUUCUACAUUAAAAUUGUUUUAACGUUGUAUAGUGUUGUUUCUGUGCUCUGAUUUUCUGUCCUGUAAGAUCACCUUUAAUUUUUUGAAAGACGUCUACAAAUGAAAUGAAUUAUUUUAAGUAUUGUUAAAUGUAAAAUAUGUUCCACCAGCUGAUGUUAUUAAACUGGACUCAUCGUUC